CUUAGAUUCUUGAGACUUCUCAAUAUGUUUAGAUUCUGGAGACUUGUCAAUAUGUUUAGAUUCUGGAGACUUGUCAAUAUGUUUAGAUUCUGGAGACUUGUCAAUAUGUUUAGAUUCUGGAGACUUGUCAGUGUGCUAAGAUUCUGGAGACUUGUAAAUAUUCUUAGAUCAUGA